AUUCCUCAAAUAGCCCCAUUAAAUUGAUUAGUACUUAUAAUUAUUUUCAUUAAUAUUAUAAUUAUAUUUAACAUAACAAACUAUUAUUCAUUCAUUUACCCAGUUCAAAAAUUUGAAAAAACAGAAUUAAAUAAAACAAUUAAUUGAAAAUGAUAG